UGGAAAGCUGGAGAAAUCCCCUUCGAGUGGGCCGUGAGGAGGGAAGUCAGUCACCUGGCGGUGAAGGACAGUAAAACAGGAGCGAAGGGGGGAAUUUCUGCCUCUCUCUCUUCCUUCUCUCUUCUGCAAGAGAUCCACCUCCUGUUUUCCUCCCAACUCUUUUAGCAUAACCUUCAAAGAAGACCAUCCCCUACAGACUUCCCUAUUUUUUUUCCCUAGUAUUAUUAUUGAGGGAAUACCUUUAGCUGAGGAGAAUUUCUGAGUCUAUGCAGGAGUUGGGGGAUUUUGUUAUCUUGCCAGCAAAAUUGUUUAUCGCUAAUGUCUUGCACUCACAGGGUGCUAAAUUAGCUACCAGAGUAGGCAUGACGAAGAAAGGCUUUUAUCACAGAGUAUUCCCUUCAGUUUGAACACAUUUGCUCGAAAUCUGCUGCAUGAUGCUGUCCAGAGAAGCAGGAUUUUUCUUCGGGAUGCAGCGAUUCGCCGGCUUCUGAGCUUAUUGCAGAAGAAAAAAAAUAAUCUUGAGUGGAUUUUUUUUUUUUUUCUCUUCCUGUCUCCUCCUUUCAUUGCCUGAGGACGCGAAUCUCUUUCACCGGAGAUCACCUGUCGCUUGAAUCCUUAAGGGAGUUCUUUUUUAAAAAAAGCAAAAAACAAAAAAGUGAAAUUUAUUUAUUUAUUUAAACCGGUGGAGGCGUGAUCGCGGAGAAUGAGACUGAGACCAGCUGCCAGGGUUUGGAGGACAAGGCUGAGUUUAGGCUGGAAACUGAGAGACUAGAUUGCCCCCUCUCUUUGGUGCUGUGUGGGGGUAGAUUUUGGGUUUUUUUUGUUUGUUGUUUUUUUUUUUUUUUUGUUUGUGGGUUUCGGUUUUUUUUCCCUUUUUCCUUUAUUUUUAUUUAUUUAUAUUUUGGGGCACAACUUCCCUCGUUUUCGCUCCGCUCAGUUUCGCUCUAUGGACAGAUCAGCAAAUCUGGACACGGAGGAGCUCAAGAUGACACGAGAGCAGUAUAUAUUAGCAACACAACAGAACAGCCUUCCAAGGACUGAACAUCCUCAGUUUUACCCAGUCGGGAUUUAUGGAUGGCGAAAGAGGUGCUUAUACUUCUUUGUCCUUCUGCUGUUGGUUACCAUGAUUGUUAACUUAGCAAUGACAAUAUGGAUUUUGAAGGUUAUGAAUUUCACAGUGGAUGGAAUGGGAAAUUUGAGAGUCACUAAAAAAGGAAUACGACUUGAAGGAAUAUCUGAAUUUCUACUUCCACUAUACGUGAAAGAAAUCCAUUCCCGAAAGGAUAGCCCACUGGUCUUACAGUCUGACAGAAAUGUAACAGUGAAUGCAAGAAAUCACAUGGGACAGUUAACUGGACAACUGACAGUAGGAGCUGAUGCUGUGGAGGCCCAGAGUAAGAGAUUUGAAGUGAGGGCAAGUGAAGGUGGAAAAAUAUUGUUUUCUGCAGAUGAAGAUGAGAUUGUUAUUGGUGCUGACAGACUGAAAGUAACAGGCACGGAAGGGGCAGUGUUUGGGCACUCUGUGGAGACACCCCAUAUCAGAGCAGAACCUUCCCAAGACCUCAAACUUGAAUCUCCUACUAGAUCUCUGGUGAUGGAAGCACCCAGGGGAGUGCAAGUCAAUGCAGCUGCAGGAGACUUAAAGGCUACCUGUAGGAAAGAACUGCACUUACAGUCUACAGAAGGGGAGAUAUUUUUAAAUGCAGAUACAAUCCGCCUGGGAAAUCUACCAGUGGGUUCCUUUUCCUCCUCCUCCUCCUCACCCAGCUCUACAGCUCCUCGCCAGACUAUCUAUGAGCUCUGCGUCUGUCCCAAUGCCUUUUGUUACUAUCCCUCUGCUUCACAGUUCUGCUCGGUUUCCCUUGUGACAAGUUCAACGCUUCAAACGGCCUGCAGAGCAACUUCUUCCAGUGUAAGCAGGAAUACAGCGCUGCCUUCUCUUGUGGUUUGUGUUGCCACUCAACGUAGAGAUGGGAGUGAGAUAUUCAGAAAUCAAUGUAUUCUUCAUCAGGAAACCUGGAACAUAAUAUCACCUUUUGUCCGAAAGGGAGAAUAACACAGGUGCCUUUGCUACAUGAAGUGAAGCACAUAGUUUUAGAUUUUUGCAGGACCUGGAUAUGAACUGCACAUAUAUAUAUAUACACACAAUACAUAAACAAAUUUGCCCAGAAUCUGAUGGUGAGAUGAAUUGGUUCCCCCUGUAUGAUAAAUAACUUUACUGUCUGAAAGCACAAUUUUCCAUUCAUCUUUUUGGAUGUAAACUUUUAUCCCUGAAUUUUAAAAUUUUAAAGCAUUGUGUGAUGCUUGCUUUACUAAACAAUUAAAUUCAGUAAAUGGUUUUUAACACAAAAAGAGACAGAAUCCCUCCCUGAGUUUGCUUUCUUUAAAAGUGUGUUGUUAUUCUUUGUCUACGAAGUCUAGGGUUUUGUACACUAGGUAAAUUUGGGAAGUGUUCAGCAAUAUUACCUUUCAAAGUUGAAAAGACAUCUGCUCUUUUUUGUCAGAUCUGAAUGGCCUUAUAUAGUAUUUGUGUUGGCUACUGCAUGUGAAGCGAUUGCUUUAAGUAGAACAUACAGUUUCUGGAAAAGAACAACAGGGUAAAGACAGAAAUACUGAUGGUAUGUUUGUUGAACAGUGUAUUACUCUUCACAAGGUAUUUAUAAUUGGCAAAUGCAAAACCAAGAGAAAAAUCUUCAAAGGAACAUCUUGUCCAUUUUCUAGUUAAGCCUAACUGCUGCCAUUUGAACACAGUACAGAUGUUAGUACUAAUGUAAUGUGUAAUGCUGAGAAGCAAAGCACUAACAACUGGUAUGACAUUCCCAUUUAUUAUUCUCUUUUGUUUACCAUCUGCUGCUAAGGUUUUCAAAGUAAUAGUAAUAUAUAUAAAAACAUUAAAUGACAUUCAGUAUUAAAAAGUACAUUGAUAUUGCAGUGACUUUAUCAGGUCUGUGUUUAAAUUAUGCAGCCCCACUUGCACUCAAAUCUCACUGCUGGCUUUCUUCUUUGGCAAAUUUGAUGUGGGAUUUCUUUCUUGUAUCAAUGUUCAUACUUGUUUGGCUUUGUUGGUAAUUGAAAUUUUAUAAAAAAUGCUUUGGUAUGCUGCUAGGAAAUUUAUCAUAACAUUGAUUAACAAGAGUAUCUUGAAACUUGCAGAACCCAGGAAUGUAAAACAGUAUAAAAAUGUUUCCUAUUGUGGAAGAUGGCUUGAUUACAUGAGGUAAGUGUGCUUUUUAAUUCUAUCCUUUAAAUUACAUCACCUAGCAUAAAACUUUAGAGGCCUCAGAUUGUAAGACCACCAAUGCAAUGAUGGCUUUUGCAAGGUAACUCUAAAGUCAGGGCAGACAGUGCAAGAUGGGUAUUUCUACACAGCUUUGGGUUUUGGUUUUUUUUUUUUUUCUCUUAGAGAAAAAUAUGAAAAUGAGCAAACUAAUACUGUGAUUACCUUUCCAUUUCAUUACCACCUAAUAAGGUUGAUUUUGUUUUCACUUUAAGUGAAAUUCACUCCUAUGCAGAGGUCCAGCACAAGAUGUGUCCACGGCUUGACCGGUGCUUCCCUUUCCAUUGGCCCUCUUCAGAGGUGUGAAUUUCUCCCCAUAGCAAGAAUACUACAUUUGCUGUUUCUACCAGUUAAAUGAAAAUUUAAAAUUUGUUAUUUUAUCUCUUCAAAAGAAGGCUGUUAACAGCUGAUUUGUUAUUUCUUUGAGAAUUUUAUUCUUUCACUUGGAAAGAAAAUAUAUUAGAAAAUAGAUUAAAAGCCUGAAGAUUUUUAGUAGGAGGGACAGAAAGAGGUACAUGUGACAAAGAAGUUGAUAAUAAAACAUUAGAAAGUGUAGCUGUACAAUAUACCCUUAAAACUGUAGGGAAACAGAUGUCUUUUUCUAAUGCACACAAGGAAUAGAAUAUGUGGACAAAGAGUAUUCAGGAGGGAAAGUAUAUAGAUCUGUAUGAGGACACAUCUAUAGGUAUUCAUUUCUGUGCACAUGGACAUACACUGGCAGCCUAAAAAUGAGCACAUUAUAGUGACUAAUCUAUGUGGUGAAUAAAUUGUGGCUUCUUACAAAUUGCGUGCAGUAGACUGAUGUUUUUAUCUCCUCAAAUAAACUCACAGGAUGGCUUGCUGAUACUUUGUUAAAUUUUCCAUUGAGAAUUUCUUAUUUCUUUGCUCCUCACCUUAUGUGAUUACUUAUCUUUAAUAUCUAUGGAAAAGGUUUUUGCCCACCAGAUGGAAAGACCCAACAAUCUUUAUAAAUUUUACACAAACUUGGGCAGGUAGGAAAAAAAAUCUUUUGUUACUAGAUUAAUUUUAAAAGGAAGGCUGGAAUAAUUUACUACUUUGUAUGAAGAAAAGUAAGGGCAGAGAUGUGGGUGGCACAGUGGACUCAACAAAACAAAGCCAGUAAGUCCACAUAGCUCUGCACCAUCAGGAUUUUCUUGCUUGGAGUCCCUUCAGUCUGAGGUAGAGAGUAUUUGAGAGCUUCAGCAACCCAUGAAAUAGCAUAAUGAGUUCUUAUAAUGUCUUAAUAUUCUGGUGAGUUUCAUAAUAUUGAUGUUUUACUUUAAAGCCACUGAAAACUGUAAGAAAGGGAAAAUCUCAGGUUUUAUUUUAAAGAAUAUUUCUAGCCCACAUGAUUUCAGAGAGUAUUGCAAAAGUGAUUUCAAUGCGCUUAGAGAACUAAAAAAAUUAAAACACUAAUAAUCUGUAAGCAGCAGCAUCAUUCCUGAGUGGAAGGAGAAACAGACCCAGUGGUUUUGAAUGCUUAGAGCUGGCAAUAGUGAAAACCUCAAUAGUAGAGCUCUUCCACUUGUAGUAUGCCCCUAAAAUAUGAGAAAAAUGGCAUAAUUCCACAAUCUCAUUUCAGAUGGAAGGAAACUAGAAGAUCUUAGUGCAAAUAUCAUAUUUAAACAUGGAGCCAUAGCUGUGCUAUUUCAGUGCUGGUUUUAUAAUGCUGAGGUGAUUUUUUACAAAGCCGUAAGACAUUUUCAGAUUCUUUUUGUCACCUUCCUCAUAGAUUACUGGCCCUGUCUCCAAGUUACUUCUGUCUUUGCUGGCCAUUUAUAUUUGACAGCCAGGUUAUGAUUAAGCCGCAAUGAAUGUAGAGUGUUUAUCUGACUGAAUAUUUUGAUUGCGUAUUUUAGAAAAGAGAUGUCACUUAUUCUGGUUAAGGCAGGAGUUUCCCACUAAGAAAUCACUCUGUUGUGACAAUUGUAGGGAAAGAUUCAAGACCUUAGGAUAUUUUUAAGCAUUAAUGUUAGUGCAAUUAAAAAAAAAAGCCCAAACCAAACCAAAACAAAAACCAUCUAAAAUACUCCCUUGAGGUUUUUUAUACUGUAUGAAUACAUGUAUCAAAUAAAGUUUCUUUUUGUACUAGAAUGUUUGUAUGGAAACCACUAAGAUGGUAUUGCAGCUGUUUGACUUCUUCAGCGCUAUCCGUAUGACAACAAUGAAAUAUAUGAAAAGAUCUUAUUAGCUACAUGUAUUUAAUAUAUACAGUAGAUUCAUCUUCUGUAAAAAAUAUCUGUCAUAAUAUUAUAGGAUACUGUCUCUUUCUUGUUUAAAAAAAAAGAAAAAUAAAAGCAUCAUCCAACCUCUCUGAGCACUGUUAGCUGUAUGGUUUUGUAUUGCAGUUCAUUCGUUCAUUGGUUAAGUGAUAAGACCAAAGACUGACACUUCUAACACUAUAACACUGCUGCUUCUACUAAUUCUGUUGGAAUGAAGAGAUGACAAGUUGUAAUUACAACAUGAAAUUGUAACAUAGUUUAGAUUUGUGCAGCAUUUUGAGCUGUAGAUUGUUCACUUUUUUCCAGGAUUUAAAUUUUUUGUCAGGUGAUGCAAUUACAUUACUGUUCACACAUACGAGGAUUUUUUGGUAUUCCUAAAGAAAUGAAACUAUGUAUUCCAAAACAAGCCAAGACAUUGCUUGUUUCAACUAAAGUUAUACUGUUUUUCUUGCAAAACAGUGGCUUGACUGGAUAACAGAAUUCACUUUAAACCAUUCUAGAUGCAGAGGGCUAGUAAGUCUGGAUUGAAGAUACAGCCAUAAAUGUCUAGAAGAAUGUAAUGAGGGAUGUUUUAAGAUAUUCAGUUGCUAACACCAUGGGGGCUUUUUUAUGUUUGGGGAUUUUUUUUUAGAUUCUAAAUCAUUGUCUAAAUAAAACGAAAAAACAAACAAAAAAACCAACCAAACAAACAAACAAACAAAAAAAAAAAACCAACAAAAAGCCCCAAACAACCAUAAACAUUAGACUAUGAUUUGUUAUCAGCUGAUUCACUGUAAUGCACAUGUAAGUUGGAUCAAAGAUUGAGUGUUAUAUCAUUUCAAUCAGUACUCGGUAAAGGUCUGCUAACCAUUUUUGUUUUGUAACCUCUAUGUUAAUGAUUUUCUUGUGUAUAUAGAUAUAUAAAAGAGAUGGGAACUAUUUUCUUACACAUACUAUGCAAUAUGUUUGUAAAACUGCAAUAUUACCAAAAUUACAAAAGCUGUGCUUUUGUACUGUCUUGCUUUAUGUAAAACAAAUGUUUUUUCUAUUUAAUGAACUGUCUUAUAAUUGUAUAUAACGUUAAUCAAAAGCAGUAUACUGGAACUUUAAGAUUUCUUAUUUCAUUUUCCUUGUAUUUUUUAUUUUAUGAAAAUAAUAGCAAGGUUUUGGAAGUUGGAAAUUGGUUUUUCUCAGAAAGCUAGAACUUUUACAGCAUGUAAUUAACACAGUCAGUUUGAAAUCUCUUCUGUACUUCUUUCAUUUGGUCUUAGCAUUUUCAUCUGGUGCUACUAUAUAACCAUAAAUAAAUGUGAUACCUACAAUAGGAAACAUAUCAGAACUCAUUUCAAGAAUAAUGAGGGGUGGAAUUUUCUAAGGGUGAGAGGAAGAUGUAGGAUAGCUGAUGAGAAACUUUUAGGUUUUCUGUGUGUUUUUGUUUGAUAGAUGUUUUUGUUAGUAUGUAUUUCCUUCCUUCCGUCUAUGUUUGCCAUAUGGAAACAGCUUUAAUUUGUUUUUCAUUUUGUUGUCCUCACACACAGUAUACCAGAAUUUUAUUUCAAAAA